UCCCCUGCUUGGGGGUGGAGCAAAAGUCACGUCAUCACUGUUGUUAUGGAAACCGUCACUGCGUACCUACGUAACGCUUUGGCGGGAGAUGUAAGAAACCCGGAAGCAGGCUCGGCUUGUUUUGUAAUCCUGAUUCAUAAACAAAGUUAUAACAGAAGAGUGAGGAAACACGUUAUUAAUAAUGGAUAAUCAUGUCCCGGUGCAGACUACAGACUGGAAGAAGACUAAAGAGGCAGCGGCGAACUUUAGACGACUGUUACUUUGCUCCAAGUGCUCAGAAUUAUUGACGGAGCCUGUGUGUCUGGGAAUGUGCGAACAUAUGCUGUGCAGGUCCUGUGCGGGCCCCCGGGCAGGAGAUGGCUGCGUGGUGUGUCAGAGUCCUGCGUGGGUGAAGGACAUCCAAAUCAACAGGCAGCUCAGCAGCAUCGUGCAGCUCUUCUGUGGUUUGGACUCCCUGCUCAAUCCCACAGAACACCCAGACUCGUCUCUCGCCGAUAUCCAAACUCAACCUCCGAGCCCCGUUUUAAAACACAAGAAAAACUUCAGGAUCUGGUUUAGCCCCCGCAGCCGCAAGGUGCGCUGCACGCUGGAGAAGCCUGCAGAGGUCACGGCGCCGGCGAGCACGUCUUCUGGAGAAAAACCAGCCGCAGCAGCACAGCCCGACACAGUCCUCCCCGCUCAGAGCCAGGAUCUGUCAGUUUUCAAUUUCACCUCGUCCUCCCAAGACUCCGGCUCCUCUUGUUCUCAAAGACACAAAAAUGAAAACAGGAAGAAGAAGUCAAGUAAGAAAAACCCGGCCAGCAGGAAGGUGUCGGUGCAGAGAGUCACGAGGACCGCACAGAAACAGAAACAGAAACAGAGCGAGCAGGUGAUGAAGAAGAACAGGCUGGAGGUGAUAAACCAGCAAUGGGGCAUCAGCGAGGAGGUGAAGGAGACGGAGCAGCCCGAUGAUGAAGAGACGAGGAGGUCCAGUAAAAGAGUUUCCUUCCUAAGUCCUGCUGUCACGUCUGACCAGCCCCAAGUCCCACCAGGGAGCACUAAUGAACUGGACUCUGGCAGAAGCACCAUGAAGAAGAGUCUGUUAGAAGGCAGCGUGACUGUAGCCACUGACCACAGCCAGCCUGCUCAGAGGACGGACACGCCGUCUCAAACUGACAAUCCUGAAAAACAGGGCAGCAAAUCCCCCCUGAAGCAGCCGUCAAAAAGAGCCAGAGUGGAGGAGGAAGUGGAGACCACGCCUAAAAGGCCCAGGGCUUCACCAGGCCGGAGGAGGAAAUCUCAGAUGUCUCCAGCUGUCCUGAAUCCUCCAUCCUGGGCUAGCCCCGGGUGUGAUAAAGCCAUCAAGAGCUCCAGAGACGGGCGAGGAGACAGCCCCUCCGUCCUCGCCACAGCAGGGAGGAAAUCUCCCGUUUCUCCUGGUGCAUCUGGUGGACGGCCCUCCUCAGGGAGCCCCGCGGUCAUGAAGAGGAACCACAAGGGAGAGACCCUGCUGCAUCUGGCUGCUAUAAAGGGAGAUCUGGAGGCUGUCAAGGAGCUCCUGGAGCAGGGGGCCGACCCCAACCUGAAGGAUAAUGCUGGGUGGACACCUCUGCAUGAAGCGUGUAACCUGGGUCACCUGGCGGUGGUGGAGGUGUUGGUCUCAAAGGGAGCGCUGCUCAACACGCCUGGCUAUGAAAACGACUCUCCGCUCCACGACGCCGUGAGGAACGGACACCCGGCCAUCGCCAAGCUGCUGCUGCAGCUCGGAGCCUCGCAGAACGUUCUAAAUCAGUAUGGGAAGAGGCCUGCAGAUUACGCAGUGAGUCCGGAGAUGCUGGAGAUUUUCCAGGAAGCCUCAGAUGGAAUCAAACAUGCUAAAUCAUCUCUGAGCCCCUCAGCCAGUCUCACCAUGGCGAGCGACUGUGGGAGGAAGGAUGAAAUGUUGGUGCUACUGGCCAGUAAGCUGUCCCAGCCAGAGCAGCUUCUCGUGGCCAGACUGGGAGAGCUACUGGGAGGGAGGAUGGCUGACACCUUCUCUGGCUCAGUGAGCCAUGUCGUGGUGCCAGGAGGACACAUGCCCACCACCAGCUCUGCCCUCCUGGGUCUGCUCGCUGGCUGCUGGGUUGUCAAAUUCAGCUGGGUGGAGGCUUGUCUGCAGGCAGCCAAGUGGAUGCCCGAAACUGAGCAUGAAGCGGGAGAAGGGCCCCAGCGCAGCCGCAUCAACAGAUGCAGUUUGCUCCCGCCUCUCUUCGAUGGCUGUUUCUUCUUCCUGCUCGGCUCCUUUAAGGCUCCUUCCAAAGACGAGCUCACCAAGCUGCUGCGUGAAGGAGGCGGUCAGCUCCUGAGCCGCCAGCCCAAACCAGACAGCGACGUGACUCAAACCCUGAGCGCCGCCGCCUACCACGCCCUGCCAGGCUCCGACCAGGCGCUCUGCACCCAGUACAUCCUCUACGACCCCCAGGGGCCCCACAGGCCGGCAGUAGUGAGGCGGGGGAAGGUGUGGUCGGCCCCCUCCACCUGGAUCAUUGACUGCAUCACAGCCUUCCAGCUACUCCCAGUGGAAGACCCUCAAACAUCUGUCUGAAUAACUUCUUUUUUUACGAACAUGGUCUCACAGGAAUCCGUGAAAUAGCCACGGAUUCGCUUAACUCAAAAUCCGUGGAAUAGCCACGGAAUCACUCAAAUUUCCGUGAAACUGACAUGGAUUUCGCUACAAUGCAAGUUAAUGACAGUCAUAUCCCGUGGCUAUUCCAUGGAUAUUUUUUCCUAUUGGUUUGUUCCAAGUCACGUGACUUUCAAGGUCCCGGCGGUCAGAAAAAAAACAUGGCGGACAGUUCUCUCAUUUUUAGUGAAAAAAAUCAAUAUUUUGACUUAGUUUCUGCAUAAAAAUGGAUUUUGAUCACAUUUCUAGCGAGAAAUAUAUGUUUUAUUUUUUAAAUUUCCACUCAGUGAAUGUACAUAAUCACUUUGUAUGUUGGAAUAGUCACGGGAUAUGACUGUCAUUAACUUGCAUUGUAGCGAAAUCCGUGUCAGUUUCACGGAAAUUUGAGUGAUUCCGUGGCUAUUCCAUGGAUUUUGAGUUAAGCAAAUCCGUGGAUAUUUCACGGAUUCCUGUGAGAACAUGUUGUUUUUUUACGUUCAAUAAUAAUCUUGUACUGAGAUGUUAAUUGUCCUUGUCGUGGUCAUCAUGUGUUUCCUUUUUGUUUUUUUAAAUAUGUCCUGAUUAAGUUGAUAUAAAUCACAAACAAUUAUAAAACAAUAAUGUGGUUCUUAAAAUGUAAAAUGCUAAUCUGCAGUUUGCUGUUUCUCUUCUUUUGGAGUUGAGAGUGUGAUAAUGUCUCCCUGAUAUGCUGCUCAGCAAAAAUCUGUGUUUAUACUUGGUGUUCCUGGUUUGGACUAUAAAAGAUAAAUAAAUAUAAAACACUCUA